AUGGCCGCUGUCGACACCUCCCUCCCUGCCGAGCCAACAGGCGCCGCCGCCGCCCUGGCCGAGGCGCACGCCCAACCCCACGCCCUCAAGCUCUACGGUGGCUGGUUCUGCCCCUACGUGCAGCGCGCGUGGAUCACGCUCGUCGAAAAGGCCAUCCCCCAUCAGUACAUUGAAAUCAACCCUUACAACAAGGACCCCUCCUUCCUGGCGCUCAACCCACGCGGCCUCGUGCCCACGCUGGCCGUGCCUGUGGGCGAAGGCGAGAAGAAGCCACUGUAUGAGAGCACGGUCGUCUGCGAGUAUCUCGACGAGCAGUUUGACGGAGAGCAGCAUGGCGAGCGACUGUUGUCUGGAGGGCCAUAUGACCGCGCGAGGGCACGGCUGUGGAUCGACCAUGUUACGGGGAAGAUCAUCCCUGGGUUCUACAAACUCCUCCAGCACACGCCAGACAAGGCGUACUCACUCGAUGACGCGAGGGCGGAGCUGCACAAGAACAUCCGGUCGUUUGUGAAUGAGAUGGCGACCGAUGGACCCUGGUUCCUGGGCCACACGUUCAGCAUGGUGGACAUUAUGCUCGCGCCCUGGGCCAAGCGGCUCUGGCUCAUCGACCAUUACAAGACGGGCGGCACUGGGAUUCCAAAGAGCGGAGAGGGCGAUGAGACCUGGGACAGGUGGAACGCGUGGUUUGACGCCAUCGUGGAGCGACCAAGCGUCAAGGCCACGUGGAGCGCGGACGAGAGGUACAUCCUCGCGUACAAACGGUAUGCAGAGGACACGACCAACUCAGAGGUGGCGCAGGCGACGAGGGAGGGGAGGAGGCUGCCUUGA